AUGAUGGUCAAAUCGUACGAUCGUUUUUCCGAAAAGAAUAUGCUCAUGAGCCGUGACCUGGAAGGAACAGAAGUUUUGCCUGUUAUCUGGGGUGAACUUUAUGACUUGGUCGGCCGAUUUUCAAAAUCAUUGAUGGCACUCAUCGGAUUACCGAGCGAACGACGUUUUCGAUUUUCGGACGAAAAGUCGUUUGGAAUUCGACCCAUGUAUAUCCUGCAUUAAUCAUGCACACUUGACGUUUUGAUAACGCUGGUAACAUUAACUACACAGUAAACUCUUUUUUUCAAAAUGUUUGGACUUUUUCAUUUAUAUAGCAAAAAAAAAUAAAAAUCCAGUGGUGAAUAAAUGCCACCAAAAU